CGGGAGAGGAGAGGCAGAGACAGGAGGAAUGAGCAUCAGAUCAGACGGAGGCGCAGCGACGUGAGGCAGCGUCAGGAACUUCAGGAGAGAUUUGAUCAAAGGACCCAACAGAGAAGGUCCCAGCCUGUCUGACAUGAGUCUCCAGGUUUGCCACUGCGGCUGGUCCAAAGUUACCACUUACCAGGGCCUGAGGACUCACCAGGGGAAGAAGGGAUGCACACCCAAGGGAAUGCACAUCCCGGAGAGCAAACAGUUUGCUUUCUUUCCACCAAGUUACAACCAACGAAGACUAAUCAGCUCAUUUGACCUCUCUAUGGAUAUUUUUAAGACUCCUUUGAGGUUUGAACCUUCAGAAUUUGGGAACCUGGAAGCUUUCCAUGGCCUGGGAGCUCACCAGAGGAUGAUGGGGUCCACGCCAAAAGAAGCAAGGAUCCCAGAGAGUAUCCAGAACUUCCGGAGCAACAUGUUGGAGCAACCCAAUCAAAUGAACAACUGGUCAAUUGUGAACACUCCAGCAAAGGAGCAGAAACUGUUCAUGUCUCCAAACUUCCCCACCCAACUGAAUUAUGGGCUGACUCAAACCCUAACACGGGACAUGAACCAACGAAGUAUGGAGGACUGGCACGGUCAUAACAUGUCACCAGAUGAAAAAAAUUCUCAACAAAUGGUUCCAACCUCGAAUACUACUGCAAUUUCAUUUGGUUCCCAGCAGACAGAUGCAUCAUCCCCGUCAACAGAUCUGGUGAGCUCUCCACCAUCACGGAUCCUGCUGGCCGAGUCCGACUCGUCGAUUUUUCAGACUCCACAACCUUCCCGCCGUGGUUCUCGAUCCUCGGACAACGCCUGCAGAGGACUUGACUUCUCUUCUGUUAUUCUUUCUUUUGAAGAUGACGGAGACUCACAGAUUGUAACAAACACACAUAAGGAUGCAGUUAGUGAAAAGAAGAGAGAAAGAGAGGCUGAAAGGCUGCUGCAGGCACAGCAAGACAAGAUGAAGGUCUUGCUACAGCAGAAAAUUCACAUCCGAGAGAAGAAGAUGACUGAAGUCAGAUCAGCCGUGAAAAGCUGCAAGGGCAGCUUGGAUGCUGAAUGGCUGCAGAUCCACAGCGUCUUCUCAGAGGUGAUGAAAGUUGUGGAAGAUGCUCGGAAGAAAGCUCUGGAGCCGAUCGAGAAGAGGAGACGAAAGGUCAAAAGGGACGAACAGAAUCUCCUGCAGAAGCUGCAAGGAGAAAUUGAUAGAUUCAGAGACUCCAUUGAUGAACUGGACAGAAGCCAAGACUUGCAGGCUGUUCCACUUUCAAACCUGGAUGACUCCAAAGGGAUUAAAAAUCUAAAAGUUGACACUUCCUUCUCCUUUGGUACCCUGAAAGCAACAACAUCUACCAUGAUGAAAGACAUCCAGUGGCAUCUGGAAAACCUCUCUUCCCUCGAGCUCAAAAGGAUUGCAACCUUCGCAGUGGACGUAAAGCUGGACUCAGCCACGGCCCACCGGUGCCUCGUCCUGUCCAACGACGGGAAGAGAGUGAGAGACGGAGGAGAGAAGCCGAAAGCUCCUGACGAUCCGGAGAGGUUCGACACGUUCGGCAGUGUCCUUGGGACCAAUCGCCUGAACCGCGGCAGGUCGUACUGGGAAGUAGAGGUGAAAAACAAAAGCGGUUGGGAUCUGGGCGUGGCACGGCGGAGCGCAAACCGCAAGGGGGUGCUCAAGGUCAACACGGACAACGGUUACUGGGUGGCCGUGCAUUUCGAAGACAGGAAGUACGCAGCCCUGACGGUACCCCCCACCAGCCUCCCGCUGAACGAGAAACCCCAAAAGGUCGGAGUGUUCGUCGACUAUGAGGAAGCCGUCGUGUCGUUUUACGACGUGACCAACAAGUCGCACAUUUUCUCGUUCACCGAGUGUCUGUUCAAUGACGACAUUUUCCCGUAUUUCAGUCCGCAUCCUAAAACGAAUGAUAAAAAUGUUGAUCCACUGAUUAUAUCUGCUGUAUAAAAGCAGGUGUUGUUAUCUUGAGUGGUAGGAUAUUCUCACCAUAAAAACCUUUGGGAAAAUAAAAUAUAAUAAUCACUGGUGUCGCAGGCGUGGUAACAAUUCGUGGGCAAUAAAUCGACCCAAUGUAUUUUAAUUUAUUGUAUUCUUUAUUUUUUUUUAAAGUUGAUCUACAAGUCUAUUUUUUCAAAUAAACAUCCAUGACCUCCUGUUUCACCAGGUCAGAAUCAUGUUAUGCUCAGUGGCUCAGACACUCUUCAAAAUUUGAAACACGCAAUUCAUGUAAGGCAGACGAGCGUUGAUCUUCAUACGUCAGGAAACGGCUGCCAGAGCGUAACUACGGACCUAACAUGUCUGUAGUCAAACCAAACUGGAACAAUUUUCAAACCCCAAAUGUGGCAAACAAGGUUCAAGAAAGACGAGGUGAAGGCCGAUCACUGGCAACUAGGCAACAUUUCCCCCUUAUGUAGCUCCAAUAUAAGGCAAAAUGUUAGAUCGGAUUACCAAUACUGGCGCUUCACUAUUGUCAAAAACAUUUCAACAGCAACUUAAGAAAACAUGCAACAUCUUAACUGGAAUACUUGAAACAAAAUUAACAUAAGAAAGUCUUAAUCUGUAUAUUUUUUUUAAAAAAAGAUGAGGAUUGUAUUUGGGAAUUUCUUCUCGUAAUCUUAUUUAGGGUUGUGGAAUAUGAUUGUGAUGUAGAUGAAAAGGGAAAACGUAAUAUAAAUGCACUGUUUUAUUUUGGAAUCAAUUAAAAAUGUUUUUUUUUUUUUUUUUUUUUGAUUGCCUAUGUUGCAGAAUCUUACCCAAUUCACUUUUUCCUUGUAUUUUCCUCUGCACAAUUCCGGCCACCCAUUCGUUGAUAACAUUUUGGUUUUUUUCUUUCUGUCGCUCAGAAGUGACAAUAAAACUUUGUUGUUCAAAGAAAUGCAAAUUGAGCGAAAAAAGAAAAAAAAAAGUAUGUCUUCCUUCAACUGUAAAAUUGUUAUAAUAAAAGAGAAGGUAUAUUUUGGACAAUAUUUUUUUUUAUUUGAAUAAAUAAUGUAAUAAAUCUGUUUAGUGAAACUUU